CUUUGAAAGCUUUAGCAUGAAACCUCGGUCAAACGACGGCCAAAAUACUCACAGAAACGAAUCAGAACGGCAGCAAAGACCUACGCAGCACACAAAAGUGUUGCUGGAAAAUUGGAAUUAGAUAAAAAUUGCAACAAAAAAAAUGGCAUUAAUAAUAAUUUGUGGUUAAAUAUUAACAAUAAAAUAAUAUUGGCAACAAAAAAAAAACCAAACGUAUUUGCUGUCAUUAGUGAUUUGAAGUGUGUGCGGUAGUCAGUAGGGUUCAUAGUAAAGAGCGUGGCACCCAAAAUUCGAAUUGCCAACAUGGAUUUCAAAAACUUGUGCCAGAAUAUCGAUGUAAGCAGCUUGCGGGCACGAAUUCCCUCAAUGCCUGCUAUGCCAGCAAUGCCACAAAUUAAAUUGCCAAAGUCAUUACCGAAAUUGCGCCCGCGUCGCAUAUUCAGUCGGUCGCGCGAGGACCUUAGUCGCAGCAAAGGGUCCACAAAGGAACAACAACCGCAACAGCAGUCACCAUCCCACCAGUUGACGACGCGGCCGUCCAUACCGCCUGCUGAUUUUAUAAAUCAUUCACCGCGUCGCAUAUCGACCAUUUCGUCGCUAAUGCAUCAAGAAACGCGUGGCGACUCGCAACGUGGCACCUAUCGCAGCGCAUGCAGCGUUGAUGAUGAUUAUCCAUCACCACGUCAAUUUCAGUCAUCUGGUCAUUUGUCGCGUCCUUUAAGUCCCACGCAAACACCCAUUAAUGGUGUAACGAGUGAACGCGAUGCUGAGGCAACUGUUGCGAAAAUGUCGCUAGCCGAGAAGUUGCAGAAAGGCUAUAAAGAUAUCACCGAAUUCCGGCUGAGUCACAUAUUCGCCAAGAAGACUGUGGUGCGCAAGGAUAUCAUUCAGGUGGAUCAGUAUGUGGAGCGCUUCAACGAGGACCGUGAACGCGAGCUUGCCGAGCAGGAACGACGUGAUCGUAAAAUUGCUGACAAUUACAGCUUUAACUUCAAACUCUCGCGACAGGAUACAGACAACAGUAAGCGCAGCAUGAGCUCGAAUGAUUCGCCCAAACAGGAGGCAAACGAACAAGGCAAGCACGCACGUGAGCACAGCGAAGACGAGAGCGGAAUGGAUGUUACGCCACCACCGCGCAAACCAGGCAUCGCUUCGACGCGUUUCGCCAGAGUACGCAAUCCACCACUCGAGCAGUACAUUUCCGAUGAAAGCAACAAUGAAUUGGAUGAGGACGAAGAAAUGCCAACGGUGCAUAGGGGCAACCAGCAGAAACAGGCAAUUGUACAAAGUUCGCCGGAGAGCGCACCGAAAGAGCCAGAGAGUAAACGCGUUAAGGCGCUUGCCAAAUUGCGUAGCCUGGGCAAACGCAGCGAGGAAACGCCAGAAAAGUUGGGUGAGAAGAAACGUCGUGCGCCACUAUCACCACAGCAAUCCGAGGAGAAACCAGAAACAACAGUUGCUGCGGAAAAUGAUAAUCCGCUUAGUGUCUUAAAACAGAACAUCAAACGUUUCUCGAAAUCUAUAAGGCGUACACACGAAGCAGAGGGUGGUAACACCGCAGAAAACGCCGCAGAUGAAACCGAGGGUGAAGGCACACCUAAAACAGAGACAAAACAAAUUAGUCGCAGGGAAAAAUUAACUGCGCGCUUACGCAAAUUUGCUUCGCGCGAUGCGUCCACUGAGAAUCUCGAUGAAGCAUCGCCCAAAAAAACCGAAGAACAACGCUCGCCCAUACGCGCCGUUAUCACAAAUAAAUUGCAAACGUGGAAGAAGAGUUUCAAACGAAAACCAAGUGAGGCCGAUGCGCAAACCGGUGAAGAAACGUCGCCCGAGCGUGAAGGAGAUAAGGAGAAGCGCUCGGACAAUCUUAUGAAGAAACUACGCAAUAUGCGGCAACGCAAACAUGCCACUUCGACAGAUGAUCUCGAUGGCACGGAAGACGAGGCCUACAACACGCCCACGGGCAAAUCAAAAGAUGGCAACUCACGCAAGACUGUGAACUUCGAAGAGCGUUUUGAGCAGGCGCGUCAACGCACACUCAAGAAGGUGAAUGAGAAAAUGCAAAAUAUUAAGUUUUUCCACAAGUCACAGGAGAAUAUCGAAAAGGAAAGUGGCGCAAUCAAGCGGGAUGCUGGCAAACAAUCCGCAAAGGAAGACGAAGAGCAGUCAGAUGAUGAGUGCACAGUCUAUGUGCGUCCACGUACUGCUGCAAGGCGCGCUGCGGCGCACGAUACACCUAGCGAUUCUGAAGAAGAAGAGGAACAACCAGAAAGAGAUGAGCGUGUGGAGGAAACUAAGAAUAUUCAACAUGAAAUCGACGGCACCCAAAUAGAGCAUACACGCGCAAUUUGGACUACCAAGAAUCUACUCACUGAGUCAUUGGAUUCUGAAAUAGACACCGAGUAUCCACGCGUACUUAUUCACCAAGAUCACUCGGAUCAAUUUGAAUCAACACUAAUUAUUGCAGUGACACGACCAGCGCCACCAACACCAACGACACCCAUUAUAGAGGAAAUACACGAUGAUAUGCCAAAGAAGCCACCACGAGCCAGUCGCACCCCAAGUCCGGGCAGCAGUCGCGCUGAAUGGAUACCAAACAAUGAAAUCAUUUCCACUUUUCUAGAGAUAACACCACCAAGUAAGCGACGCCUAUCCGCAGAAGCCAUACUACCUGCACCACGUGGGCACGCACGCAAAAUGUCAAUGGAUUCCAAUUCCGACUCGGAUUCUUGGAUACCAGAUACCUCCGCGCGCACCAAACACCUCGGUCAGCAGAACAAAGAAGGUUCAGUGGAAGGCGCAUCAGCGGUAAUACUCAAUAGCAUCGACGAGAACGAAGAGCCGUGGAAGGUGCAUCAUACACUUUGCGAGGAAAAGCUCUAUAAAGCAAAGAGCAUCGAUAUAUUCGAGGCUAGCGUUCGUAAAGGCGGAGCUAAUGCAGCAUUCGAUGACUUCGAGGAUGAGUUGCGCGAUGAACCAGUAUUAAGAGUACCCCAAAGACACAUUGAUUCCUCGUUUGAGAAGGAUAGCAGUGAAGAGCCAUUUGCCGCCGACGACGACAACUCCUCGCGCAUAACAAAGAUUUUAGUGAGUGUCAUACGCGAAGAAUGUGAGGAAGUGCAGGAGAAUGUCGAUGAAAAGGAGGAAAUUAAACUACCACAAGUGGCAGGGCGACAAUUUUUCAAUAGCAACGAAAGUCUUAUUGCCAACUUAGAUGAAAAUGAGGGUAACAAAUUAAAUGAAAAUGAAGACGACGACGACGACGAGAGUAAGGAUUAUGAUGAUGACGAUAGACCACCGUCUGCGGCACCAUCACCACCUCCAUCGAUGUCACCACCACCGCCACCGCUGCCAUUAAGAAAAUCAGUUUUAAUCACAUCAAAAUCGAUCGAAGAAUCACCGCCUCUCCCUAUUAUGAAGCCACCAAUGCCACCGACCAAACCAACGCAACCACCACGCAUACCCGAUCGCACACCAUCAAUGAACCGUAUCGCCAAGCCGCUAGUAAAGACUUCAUCUCUGCGCCUGGCAUACAACGAGCAGGUGAAACCUUCUGACGUAGGCAAGGUCAAUAAGCUAAUUUCGCGCUUCGAAACUCCACAAUCCAAUGUGGUACAACGACCGCGCAUUAUACAAAGACGACUAACGCGCGACGAGUCCGAGGAAUACUCCGACGACGAAGAUGAUUUAGAAGAGAAUGACGAUAGUGAACAGAAUUUGGACACAUUUAAUGCAAACACCGAGCGUGAUAUUACACCAACGAAUACACCGAGAACUUAUUCACUGGAAUCCGACACGGAGAGCUUAGGGGCGAUCUCAAAACAUGUGGUAACAAAGCAGAAACGCGUGCUUUUAGAAGAAGAAGACACGGUUAUAAUGAAUCGUAACGCGAAGAGAAAUGGUAAUCAAACCAAAGUAUGCCAUGAAAUACCGAGAAUAACACUAAACUUCGACAACAAUUCCAAUUUGAGUUUGAGUCGUGCGAGCUCCGAGUAUGGCUCGCCGCUAGAGUAUCCCUCAAGCUUGAUUGGAUCAACCGAGACUACGCCCAUACCGGAACGCAGACCGCAGGACAGCAGCAAUACGAGAAAUGUUGAGCGCAAUCGACGUUCAAUGACACGAGACGAUGACAAAUUCUUAUCGUUCGAUAGUGACGAUGAUUUUUUUCUUCUAGAAAACAGUUACUAUUCGAUAAGUUCGACAGGCAGCAGUCGUUACGUAGUGGAGAUUUGAGAUAAAUAAAUUGGUGAAUAGGAUGGAAUCAUAGUGUACGAGUAUCUUAUUUUAUGUAUGUAAGGAAAUGUCUUUCAAGAGUGAUGUAUCAGGUGUAGAGUUCAACGUAUAAUAUUUCAUGUAACAAAUAUAAUUUAACGACGAAUUGAAACCUUCUAAAACUA